AUGAAGAAUAGAUGUAAAGUGCUAGAAUUAAUACAUUGUUCCAUCGGUACUGAUGAAAAGCAAUGUACAAGUACUUGGAGAGCUUAUAAGUACAGCUUGUUAGCUACAUUUACAAAUGACACUACUGAUUUCAAACAGCAGUUUGGCCUUGGAAAGAUGGAGUCGAAGGCAAUUCAUUGCUUCCUAAUACUCUUAAUAAUAUCAUCAAUUUGUGAUGCCUCAAGAUUGAGUCAAUUAAACAAGACUCCUCUCAAGUCUAUUGAGAGCAAAGAUGGUGAUGUGAUCGAUUGUGUACAUAUCUAUCAUCAACCAGCAUUUGAUCAUCCUUUACUCAAAGACCAUGUCAUUCAGAUGAGACCGAAACAUCAACCAGAAGGUCUGCUUGCUGAGAACAGACAGUUGAACCGUAGGAAAUCAAUCACUCAGUUAUGGCAAUCGAGUGGAAGCUGCCCCGAGGAAACCAUUCCCAUCAGAAGAACCAAACAGGUGGAUGCCUCAGGCGCAAGCUUUAUUCCGAGCAUUAAUCUUCAUAAUAAGGGAGCUAAUACAGAACUCAUUGGCCAAGCUCCAACCCUGCAGUUUGUUGCUGCACUUGUUGGAGAUGACCAGUAUCAUGGAGCAACAGCGAACAUAAAUGUCUGGGAACCCCAAGUUCAACAAUCUAGUGACUUUAGCUCGUCUCAACUCUCGUUUACGGCAGGUUCUGAUGUAUCAAAUUUUGACAGCAUUCAAGCGGGUUGGCACGUCCACCCAUUAUUAUAUGGAGAUAGCAGCACAAGGCUUUUCAUCGCUUACUUUACUAUCCAUAAUUCUCAAACCAUUGGAUGCUUCAACUUGCUCUGCUCAGGCUUUGUCCAAACCAGCAAUGAAAUCGCACUGGGAGCCGCCAUUUCCCCUCUCUCCACCUUCCACGGUGCCCAAUUUGGAGUCGAUGUUCUUAUAUUUAAGGAUCCAUCUCAAGAUGUUUGGUGGCUACAUUAUGAAGGCACGCCAAUUGGUUACUGGCCAAGUAAAUUGUUUGCGGACCUAGCAAACACUGCUUCAGUGAUCACAUGGGGUGGUUCUGUUUUAAGCUCAGAAUCUGAUGGGCAACAAACUACUACACAAAUGGGCAGUGGCCAUUUUCCUGAAGAAGGGUUUGGUGGGGCAAGUUAUAUGAGGGAUCUAUAUUUGGUGGAUGAAUCUUUGAAGUUAAAGCCCCUUGGUAACCCAACCACCUCCGCAAAGCAGCCAAAUUGCUAUAAUAUAACACUUGGAAGAAACGAAGGUGGGGGAGAUUUCAUUUUCUAUGGUGGACCUGGGAGAAAUCCUAAUUGCCCAUGAUCAAGUUCAAAAGA